AUGCAGUCGUUGUUGCAUGAAGGCGAUCAGAGGACACUCAACCUCUACUUCGUCCCAUGGAAGAAUGCUACUAAAGGCGGAUUUUGCACGUUGCCGUGGUCAAUGGGUGGGCCGCUCGAUGGCUGUGUCAUCAAGAGCAACACGGUGCCUGGAGGUGGACACAGUUAUUGGAGCCAAGGGAAGGCAGCCGUUCACGAGAUAGGCCACUGGCUCGGACUCGCGCACACGUUUGAAGUCCGCGAUCCUGAGAACCCGUGCGACCCAACAGAUCCGGACGAUGGCGUUAUUGACACCCCCAAGUUCGAUUAUCAUCAUUACACCCAGGAGAUGAAGGGCACCUGCCACCUGGACCUGAAUACAUGUCCCCACUUGGAAGGCAAGGACCCUGUUCACAACUACAUGUCGUACGUCUCUGAUGAGUGCGCGACCGAGUUUACAAGGGGUCAAGUCGUGCGAAUGUACGAGAUGUGGGCAAAGUAUCGGGCGAUACUUCCGGAAAAAUGA